AUGACGAGCUAUUCGGGACGACGGGCGUCUCAAUUUCAGCGUGUCUACAAGGCUUGCCAGUCAUGUCGAAAGAAGAAAACUCGCUGCGUGUUAGAUCCUAGCGACAGCCACGGUAGCGGCCCUUGCGAAAGAUGCAAACGGGAGUCACGACCGUGUCUCUUCAGUCUAGAGCGAUCUAGUCGCGGUCCUGAGAACUGGAAAGGGAGAAGAAACUCAGAUUCUCAUAUGCUCUACAACACCGCGGCUGCAAGAGAGCCUUCCAUCGAUAGUGCCGGAGAUAACCCCAUCAUUGAAAACCCCCAAUCGUUCCGACGACCGCCACAACCGAACAAACUCGACACUCUACAAGGAACAGAGAUGUAUCAGGGAACGGCCGAGAAGGCCUGUUCGGGAGGUGACCUGUCCGCUCUCUCCGCGAGGGAUGGACUGGCAGACACUGUGAUACGAACAUUUGUCUCCAAUGAAAACGAAGCUCUGGAUCUUCUUUAUUGCGCCGCGCAGCAACGAGAUGCCGAAAGUCCGGUGCUAUCAAUGUCGGCGUCCCAUCGUACACAGGUCGUAGAACAUCUUACUCCUGUAACAAUGGCAUCAGCCGGACCCGAUCCCGCGUCAAGAUUGGUACAAACUAGCGACGUCUAUCGCAUCUGGGAUUCCUUUAGAUUUGUCAAAAUGGGAUGGUUCACCUCUAAGGAAGCAGUAUCGUACAUGGACUUGUUCUUCAAAAAUCUUGCUCCUAUGUCUCCAGUCUGUCAUGGCUGGGAUUUGAGCCAUUCAAAGCACUACAGCCUCGUUACUCAAGAGCCUCUUCUCGCUUGUACCAUCUUGAUGAUAUCGGCUCGGUAUCACACCCUCCCCGGCGUUGGUGGAACUACUCGCGGCGUCAUUAUCCAUCAACGACUCUGGGAUCAUUGCCAACAUCUCAUUAUGCGAAUCAUAUUCGGCCAAGAAAAGAAAUCGAAAGCAAAGACUAGGACAGUUGGAGCUCUCGAAGCACUUCUUCUCAUUCACGAGUGGCAGCCAAAUGCCAUCCACUUCCCCCCAGGCUCGGAUGGUUGGGACUCCGAUCUUCUGUUGUCUGUACAAGAUGAUCGGGACGACCCUUAUGGAAACCAGGCCGACGCACCCGGCACAAGAUGGAUGGCCGACAUCGUUGAGCCGGCCCGAAUGUCAGAUAAAAUGUCCUGGAUGCUGCUCGGCUGCGCCCAGUCGCUCGCCCACGAACUUGGUCUCUAUGACCCCAACAAGACUGAUAUUCCCGGUUCACAUCCCCUGAGCCAAAGGUCUCGGGGCCCAAGACUUGCCAAAUUACUUUACAUCUUCAUCGAGCAGCUUUCCACGCGACUGGGAUGCACCUCACUCGCGAUGCACACGCAAGGUCGAGCUCUGCCAGACCGAUCGCCUGCCGCCCCGGAUUCGGCUUUUUUGUCAGCGUGGAUUGAGCUAACGAGCCUUCUCCGUACAAUCAGUGAUGUAUUGUUUCCAUCAUCGUUGGAAGCGCGGCAAAUUCUUCUCGGAAGCAGGUACAUCAACAUCAUUAAACACUUCAAGGGGCAGUUAUUGUCGUGGAAGGCAGCCCAUCUCAAAGACCAGAGCAUGAACGCAGAAUUCUUUACUUUACUAUCUAUCGACUACUAUAACCUCAACAUCUUCAUGAACAGCCUUGGAAUGCAGGCGGUGGUGGACCGCGUUCUGCAAGACGGAAAGUCGACCACUGAACGCCAGGACAUACUAAACUCCUCCCUCACAUCAACGGAUUACGAGUUCAUCCAGGAAGUCAUCGAUGGGAGCUGCUCGGUCCUGCAAAGUGUCAAUAAGCUUGCAGGUGACGGCACCCUCCGCUAUCAGCCUGUGCGCAUAUUCCUCCGCGUCAUCGCCGCCUCCAUUUUCUUGCUCAAAGCGCUCAGUCUCGGCUCGCGCUCGUCCAAUGUCCAGUCCUCGCUGGCCAUCCUAGAAGAGACGAUCCAAGCUCUCCACACCAGCAAUUUCGACGACAUGCACCUUGCCUCUCGCUAUGCCUCACUGCUGGAUCGCCAUGUCGCGAGGUUCAGGGAGCGGCUGGUUCCAUCGUCUGUCCCUAGAGGAAUACCUGCCUCCAUCAACUGGGGCAGCGGUAUGUGGGAAAAUGGCAUCGAUCUAGCUGUUCAGAUUAGUGAUACAGAUCUCUCGGCUGACAACUUCCAGCCAAGUGCAGAAGAGUGGAUGUCACUACCAUUCGAUGCCUCGUUAGCACCAUUUGGUCCGACGGGGGACACAUUAGAAAUGUCUGAAUUUGGGGAUAAUGCAUGGGAAUUUCUGCGGAGCUGGCCCAUCACAUAG